GAAAGACAGCGUUUUGCAGCAGCUAGAAAUUAUAGUUUUGAAGAGCUUAGUCAAGGAAUGAAGAACGGCGUUGUGACUGUUGUUUUGCUCCUUCCCGGCUUCCAGGCAUCACAGAGGCCACCAUACGAUGAGGUUCAGUUUCGUGUUGUUGUCGUAGAACUUCUUGGGAAACUCAUGAACACCAUCAUGGAGAGGAAGAAAAAUGUAUCUUCCAAUGAUCCAACAUUCAAAACACAAUUCGAGAGUCAAGACUAUUCAGCCGAUAAUGUUGUUUAUGUUAGGCCUACACCAAAAACAGUUGGAAAAACAUUAACGAUUAGUUUUCUAGUUGAAAACAUUACAGAAGAAG